AUUGGAGGGAAACCCCGUGGACUACAUUUAUUCUGAUCGGCCCAGACAAUCAGCUGUAGUUUGGUUCACCGACAUCGCUUCUAUCUGCCAGUACUCAGUUAGCAGUCAUGACCGAGGCACCCCAGAAGGAACUGGUGCAAAAGGCCAAGCUGGCCGAGCAGGCUGAGCGCUAUGACGACAUGGCUGCUGCAAUGAAGGCUGUGACAAACGACAGCAAUGAGCUGACGAACGAGGAGCGUAACCUGCUGUCAGUGGCCUACAAGAAUGUGGUUGGUGCCCGCCGCUCCUCAUGGCGUGUGGUGUCCAGCAUUGAGCAGAAGGCUGAUGGGUCCGAAAGGAAGCAGACCAUGGCCAAAGAGUACCGGGAAAAAAUUGAGGGCGAGCUGGAAGAAAUCUGCAGGGAAGUGCUGGGUCUCUUGGAGGAUAUUCUGAUUCCCAAAGCCUCUACAGCGGAGAGCAAAGUCUUUUAUUUGAAAAUGAAGGGAGAUUACUACCGCUACUUGGCUGAGGUGGCUACAGGCGAAAAGAAGACAUCCAUCAUUUCAGACUCAAAGAACGCCUACCUAAGUGCCUUUGAAAUCAGCAAAGAAGAGAUGCAGCCCACACACCCAAUACGUCUUGGUCUUGCCCUGAAUUUCUCUGUUUUCUACUAUGAGAUCCUCAACACACCUGACGAGGCCUGCCGGCUGGCCAAAAGUGCUUUUGAUGAUGCCAUUGCAGAGCUCGACGCACUGAGUGAAGAUUCAUACAAAGACAGUACACUAAUCAUGCAGCUACUGAGAGACAACUUGACACUGUGGACCUCUGAUAACCAGGGGGAGGAUGCAGAAGAGCCCAGAGAUUGAGCCAGGAUCCCCCCCCCCCCCCAUCAUCCCUGUCUACCUGCCAUCGUCCUGACUCAUCUUCAUCAUGAUCAUGAGCAUUAUCCACUGUCCUCAUCAUCGUCGUCGUCCAACUCCCUCCAUCGUUUUUCUAUUUAGUUCUCUCAACACUCAUCUCACUCCUAUCGGUUUACUAUUCCUUCUUUUGUAGUAACUGUGGGGAAAGGGGAUGGGGAGGGAGGGUAAGUUUUAAAUUGUGUGGUGGGAGGGUCCAUGUGGAAGGGUAAAGCGUAUUUGGGCUUGGUUGUUUGUCUGUUGACCUUUUUUGUGUGGGAGCAACAGGGGUGUUGCAUUAAGGUGGCAGGUCAGAGGGCCAGUUCUCAACUCAUGAAACAUGCUGCAGGUUGAGUGUUGAGUUAGAAAACGGUUAUACUGUACGUGUAUCCUGUUCAUGUUAAUGGUCCAGUUCUUGAUUAACACCAUCUUUUGAUGAUACAUCUGUGGUUUCAAAGUCAGGGGUUGGUUCCUCACACAUUGGGAGACAGCAACUCUUAGUCUGUACUUGGAAGAGGAAUGUCAGCAGAGGUAAAGACAGUGGAGGUGUAAUGGGAGUACUGGAGACAGAAGGCAAGGAUUUAUUGGAACACAAAGGUUACAUUCCAUUUACUGUCAGUUGCUCAACUUUCUACUCUUUAUUAUUUUGUUUUGUGAUCAGAUGACCUGCUUUUGUAUUUCUAUGUAUCAAUUACGAGGUAUAGAAAACUUUGAAGAACAAAAGAGCACACAAGCUUGUUGACGUUUUUAUGAGCACAGCAGUAAAAAAACAAAACAAAAAAAACAAAAUUGCACGUGCUUAUCUGGUUACUGCUUUUUCAAAUUAAGAUUUUUAUUUUGUCUUUUAUUCUCCUUUUUUUUUUUCUUUCAAUACUUGCCUAAACUGCAUGUUGGUAAGAACUAGUUUGCAGAGAUGUAAGGAAAGAUUGUUGUUUGGCGGGCUAGCUUUGUUCAUGUCUUUGGAAUUUUCAUACAGAACACCCAAGCAUAACUGUUAUUUGGGGGGAAUUGUGUAAUUUCAUGUAAGUGGAAUAAAAAAAAUAAUUUAAAAGUUU